CACCUCAGCUACGUAUUUGAUGACGCAAUCACGUAUGCCGACCGGAAGAUGCAUGAUCUUUCUUUCCAUAGAUCUUGUGGUCACUUCCUCCUUAUCGCCUCGUCGUCUUCUUUUAAAAUAAUCUUCCUCAAAUAUAGUGAGAGAAGAAGAUACUUAAUUAUCGUUUCUACCGAAGGAACAACACAUGUAACGUACGGACACAGCUGUCAUGGCGGCGGAGAGGCUUCGAUAGAAAACCAGCCUCCAACUCUGGACAGGAUCCUGGCACCAUGAGGUGACGACUGUGACGUUUUGUACUUUUGCCAACGUGGACAUAUGGCAAGGAUCACUUUGUCCUGCCUGCCGGCCUCCUGGUACUGCAGCGUGUCCCUGCUGUCUCUGGGCUGUGCUCCCAGACAGAGGCUGCUCCUGCUGCUCUUCAUCACCUCCGCCCUCCUUCUCCUGGGAACCUACCAGAGGCAGCUGUGGGGCAGCCAGCGACGACCCGGCGGCCACUUCAACAAGUAUCUCUCCAUCGUGGAGUCCAUGGAGUCCACCGAUGUCCUCAACCCUGCCUUGAAUUAUGGGAUCGUGGUGGACUGUGGCAGCAGCGGCUCACGGGUCUUCGUUUACUACUGGCCCCCCCACAACGGGAACCCCCACACCCUGCUGGACAUCAGACAGAUGAGGGACCAUGACCGCAAACCGGUCGUCAAGAAGAUCAAACCCGGUAUCUCCACCCUGGCGAAGACACCGACGCAGGCCAGUGACUACCUCCAUCCUCUCCUCAGCUUCGCCGCUGCUCACGUCCCAAAAAACAAACACAAGGAGACGCCGCUCUACAUCCUCUGCACUGCUGGCAUGAGGCUGCUGCCAGAGAGCCAGCAGGCGGCCAUCUUGGAGGACCUGGUCACUGAUGUUCCCCUGGAGUUCGACUUCCUUUUUUCCCAGUCACAUGCUGAGGUCAUCUCUGGGAAGCAGGAAGGAGUCUAUGCAUGGAUUGGCAUUAACUUCGUGUUGGGCCGCUUUGAUCACGCUGACGAGGAGGACGCCACAGUCGAGGUGACGACAGGGUCACAGAACCAGCAGCCAAUCAGCAGGCGGCGCACUGUGGGCAUCAUAGAUAUGGGUGGAGCUUCACUGCAGAUCGCCUAUGAGGUGCCAAGCGCCAUCACCUUCAACUCACCACAAGAAGAGGAGGCGAGGAAGAGCGUUCUUGCCGAGUUUAACUUGGGCUGCGACGUGGAGCACACGCAACACGUGUACAGAGUCUACGUCACCACCUUCCUCGGCUUCGGAGGAAACAUGGCCAGACAGCGUUAUGAGGACCAGCUGGUCAACAACACACUGGCCAAGAACAGGUUUCUAACCACACAGACGGGCCUGAGCGAGGACAAGCCGUACCUGGACCCGUGUCUGCCGAUCGGUCUGUCAGACACGGUUGUCCGUGACAACCGCACCCUGUACCUGAGGGGUCUUGGCGACUGGACUCGGUGUCAGGGGGCCGUACGACCCUUCCUGGGUCUCCACAACGGCACCAUGUCACCGGGAGGCAUCUACCAGGCUCCCAUCAACUUCAGCAACAGCGAGUUCUACGGCUUCUCAGAGUUUUUUUACUGUAUGGAGGACGUGCUGAGGAUAGGAGGACAGUACGACAGCGAGAAGUAUUCCCGAUUCGCUGCGGACUACUGCUCCACCAAGUGGUCGACACUGAAACAACGUCUGGACAACAAGCUGUUCUCUCAACAGGCCGACAUCAGCAGACUCAAGAAUCAGUGCUUCAAGUCGGCCUGGAUGUACGAGGUGUUGCACUCUGGUUUCCGGUUCCCCAGCGACUACCCGAGUCUGAAAACGGUUAAACUGGUUUAUGACAAGGAGGUCCAGUGGACUCUGGGAGCCAUCCUGUACAAAACCCGCUUCCUGCCUCUCAGGGACCUGCAGCAGGAAACGUUGCGGCAGAACCACCCCAGCUGGCUGCGCUCCUCCUUCGUCUACAACCACCACCUGUUCUCUCUCUGCAUCCUGGUAGUGGUGCUGGCCAUCCUGCUCUACAUCCUGCGCUUGCGGAGGAUCCACCAGCGCGAGCUGCGGCAGGCCGAGGCCCUGAACCUCCUCUGGGUGGAGGAGGGAGAGGCUCUCCUCCCCUGAGAGCCGCGACCAAAACAUCCACGAUAACCAUGCAGGGUCUUUUUCUCCAGAUGUUCUCACGACCUCCGAGACACGUUUGACUUACUGUAUCUAAACCACAACAAUAAAGCUAAAGAAUUUGAACAUGGAGGACAGAUGAAGAUCCUUCUCACAAGCUAAGGGUGUGAGUUGGCUAAGGAGGAAUUAUUGGAAGACCCGAGAGGCUUUGCAUGGAAUAACAUCACGGUACAGACAGUUUAAUGAGCCUGAAAACAAACUCCUCUGUGUACUCUUUGAUCGUGCAGCUUUAAACACAAAGCCCAGAGCUCAGACUGGAAACUUGUUCUAUGAGUUCAUGUUCUUUUCAAGACAACUUUAGAAGAAAAGAAUCAACUUGUCAUAACAGGAUUAAACCACUAUCAGUAGUUUUCUAUCUUCUGAGAUCCAGAGUCGUGUACGGUGAACCUGAAUUUGGCGUCACUCCAAAAGGUGGUAAGUUCGGAAUAGGAAUACGGUCUGUUGAAGACUUUGAAGAGCUUGUAACAUCUAUUGAGGAGAAGCUGUCUGAAUCAACAUGAUGGCGAUGGAACUCCUUCACCUGUGAUCGUAUUAGGAUUCAUAUUUUUUUCUCUCCGUGAAGAAUUAUUCAUGUGAGAGCAGGCGAUUUAACACGCGCUAUUUGUGUGGCUUUAUUGAAGGCUGUGUUCAUCUGCACUGUCCAAGACGAAACAUUUCAACUGCAAUUCAAUCAAUGCAGCCGCCAUUGAAGUCGGCACAGACAUUCAACAUCACAGAAUGAACCUCAGUGUUCUGUGGUGAUCCUCUGUUUCAUCUCGCGCCACUAAAUUUCCACCUGUCCAACACUUUAGUUCAUGACAGGAUAUCUCUAAAACUAAUCCUGUAAAUCAGCCUCAGCUGUACUCUCUGAUUAAGUCCAGGCUACCAUGCUAGUGUUAGCAUGUUACACUCAUGCAGUGUUGACGGAUGGUAGAGAAGAUUUGAUAUUUUAUAUGACUUGCAAGGUUAACGGUCAACUCAUGACGGUUGUAUGUUUGCAGCGUUGGUCGUGUGAAGGUUACAAAUAAUGACAAGACAGCACUUUCUCCAUUACAUUUUGGUUUAAUUACCUUGAGUGAUGGACUUUAUUUGUUUCCUUUUCAGGCACUUCCGUAUUAUUUGGUGCCACGUUGCAUAUAUCACAGCUCUCAGGAAAGAAAAAAGUUAAUUGUAAUUUUCAUGGAAAACCUUUUUAGAAGUUGAAAACCUGGUAAUUACAGUAACUCCUGAUAUGACAUGAUUGACUAAUAUGUGACGUCGCAUUACAUACCAAACAUCGUCUUGUUAUGAUGCCAGCUGUACACAUAUUAACAUGCUAAACGUUAGCAUGCUAACGUUAGCAUUUCAGCAUUCGGAUAGACUGUAAGACUGUAAUCGGACUUGGGCUGAAACUAACGAUUAUUUUCAUUAUUGAUUAAUCUGCUAAUUAUUUUCAUGAUUAAUUGCUUAGUCUAUGAAUUUUCAGUAUUAAAAAGUGUUAUUAUUUCCCAUAGCUCAAGGUUUAGUCCAACAAACAGUCCAAAACUCAAAUAUAUUCAGUUUACUGUCAUAUAUGACAAACAAAAGCAGCAAAUCUUGACAUGAGAAUUUUCGGCAUUUUUGCCUGAAAAAUGAUAAGUAUAAAAUAGUAAGUUAAAAAAAAAAAAAAAAAUAGUAUAAUACUUAAUCGACUAAAUGUUGCAGCUCUAAAUGGGACUGUUAGCAUGCUAAACGUUAGCGUCCUGAAAGAUAUAGUUUUUUAAAUCUUGUGCAAACAAGAGAAUAACUUGGGCACACAAGAUAAAAAUAUAUUAUCUUUUAAGACUUCAGUGUCUCUGCAGAAUUCAGUUUAAAGUUGGACGAAGCCCAACGUAGACUGAGGAAAGUUUAAUCAAGACCGACAAAGCAGAGCUGAACCUGACAAGCUGAUAUGACCUAAAAUGGCCACCAUUCAGAGGAUAAAUUUUGAUUCAGGUAACAACACGGCCUUUCCUCUGGCGCCACCCUCAGGAUAAACUUUACCUUUGCUGCUUCACUGCUGGUAAGAAUCUGAAAUAACUAAAAAACAACCUUAAAUUGACACGAACGUUGGUUAUAGCGAAAAUAUAUCAUUAUUUGUCAAACGUAAAAUUUCCCAUGCUUCCCUGUACGUACUCCUACAUCUCUUGUGCAUCCAGAUCAGUUCCUUUAUAGCAAAGUGUGUACUUCCCUUUAACAUGUAUGUGUCUCUUUAGUAUCAUCUGGCGACGGGUAACAGAUUUGAACGUGACAUCGCCGUGUGCAAGGAGAGCAAAUGUGAAGGAGCUGUGACUCCGUCGGGAACUGAUUUUCUUUCACCCCAAAUUAAAAUAAAAUGUCGGUGACGAAACACCAGCUAUAAAACCACCAUCUAGCAGCUGAAAUGUUCACACCCCAAAAAGUGAUUUAGCCUUGCACCUCAGUGUGAGGUGAUAUCACGGUGGGUUAUUGUCAUGAGUGUAGCGGUACUUUUCUGCCUUCAAAGAUAGUGUUUCAUCUACACCUCUAUUCAUCCCUGAUGGGAUGAUUUCCUCGAAAGCAAUCCUGCAGACCGAUGAUGUCAGCCACAGAGCUCUGGCCUCAGAUUGUGCUUUGAUACUUGAAUGCCACUGUUGUCUUGCCAAGACCCCCGUCCAGCACAGAUUUCUAUCAGAGAAAAGACAGAGCCGAGAGGCAAUUUAGCUGGAAUAAGCUGACAGAUCUGCUCAGUGUUUGGAUGAAGGCGGUGAAAGCAAAGACCCUGGAGGCUGAUUUCUCAUCGCAGUAACUCCAUGAAAAGGCCAGUCGUAGUAAAAUGCGGAAAAAAACACCUUAAAGGGACCAUAUUAUGCUGUUUGUGCUUUUCUGUUAUUUAUAAACUGUUAUAAUGUCAGAUGUCUAUGUUAAACAUAGAAAUACUCCUUGCAAGUCAAAA